UGAAUGUUUGUGUAUUAAUGUGUGUGUGUGAUCCCGCUGAGUGAGAAUAAUGGGAGGAAGAACUGGAUUGUCGAUCAGGAGAUGAGGCAUGCUCUAGGACCCAGAGGAACUAGGCUGAACACUGAGAGAGAGAGGGAGGGAGAAAGAGAGUGGGAGAGAGAGAGAAGAGAAAAGAACAGGGAUUGAGACGAGAGGAAGAGAGCGCAGGAGAGCGGGAGAGGAGAGUGCGUGUUCUGUCUUAUGCGCACUUCUGACUGCUCUGGUUUUCUUGACAGUUUGUGUGUGUGUGUAUAUGUGCGUGUGUGUGUGUUUUUGAGUCCUGCUCAGCAUACGGCAGGUGGAGAUGACAUGACUGCGCUUGAGAGGAAGAGAGGGAGGGACCUACGCGGUCAACAAGUAUUCCUGAGGCCAGACGAGACCGCAGCUCUAACCCUGACUGACCGACUACAGUGAUGAUGCGUGCGGUUUGCCGGGCGGAGGGCAGCGCUAGGCAGCGGCUGAGGGAGGAGGAUGCUUUACUGCGGCUGGCAGGAGUUGUUGACGUGCGCUCACUCCGAGAUGCUCUCAGAGAGACCGCACAGGGGCUACUGCCCAGCGUGGAGUGUGUUUGUGUGUACGUGCUGGAGAGAGACUCGAGGCUGCAGUGUGACGACCCAAGCCAUGAGCUGCCAAAGGAGGGGAAGAUCAGGGAUAUGGUGGGUCAGUUGAAGAGGUGUGUGUGUGCCGGUCUACCUCCCUCAGAGAUGCACGAGAAACACAGGAGCAGCCUUGCAGCACCCCUCCCACCCCACAGACGAGCUGUGGUAAUUCCUCUCCUGGACCAGGAACAAGGAGUUGUCAUCUCAGUCUUACUGGUGGGCUGUAAACCGCUGAGUGAUCAAGACGAACAACACCUCAACACUCUGGAGAAACAUGCAGCUGUAGCGUGUAGGAGGGUACGAACCCUGCAGUCGGCCAAUCAGAAGUCUCUCGUCAGCCUGUCACCGAUCCAGCCCCACAAUGCACUGCUCCGGCCCGACCCCACAGACUACUGUGACCUGGACCGCAAGAUUCUACAGCUGUGUGGUGAGCUGUAUGACCUUGAUGCAACUACUCUUCAGCUCAAAGUAAUCAAUUAUUUGCAGCAGCAGACCCAGUCUCAGUGCUGCUGUCUGCUUCUGGUGUCUGAGGACAACCACCAGCUCUUCUGUCAGGUGGUUGGAGACAAAGUUCUGGAGGAGGAGAUCAGCUUCCCUCUGAUGUUUGGGCGCUUUGGGCAGGUAGUGGAGAAGAAGAGAUCCAUCACUCUUCAGGACGUCACUGCGGAGGAGCGUAGACAGCUAUCCAGUAUGCUGGGCAGUGAGGUGUCCUCUCUGCUAUGUGUCCCUGUGGUCAGCAGAGCCACUGGCCAGGUGGUGGCACUAGCCUGCGCCUUCAACAAACAGGGAGGACAGAGGUGUGACACACACACACACAAACAUGAGAGUGCAUUGUAAUAGACCUCUGUGUUCCAGAGAUAACAAGCCAGCUCCAGUGGCAGAUGACCAAAGAGAACAUGGUCGUCACCCUCAAGUGUGUGUGCGUGUGCGUUUGUGUGUGUGUGUGUGUCAGACGCUGCCCCAUUAAUCAAUGUGUGUGUGUGUGUCUGUGUUCUCCGUAGAGCUCUGGCCCCUACAACAUGAGCUUCAAACUUGCCCUGGA